AGUUCUCCUGUCAGCCGGACUGAAGAGGAAGAAAGUGACCUAGUAAAAAUGCGUGCUUUCCAUGUAUUCGUAUUUGCAUCAGCCUGCGCCGCAGCUAACGCAGGCUACAUUGGGAGCUAUGCUGGCUACAACCAGCUAGGUGCUGGCUACGUAGACGCAGGACAUGGACAUGGGGACUACUAUGCGUAUCCCAAAUACACCUUUGAUUAUUCAGUAAAUGACCCUCACACCGGUGACUAUAAAAAUCAAUGGGAAACUCGUGAUGGUGAUGUCGUUAAAGGCUCAUACUCACUAGCUGAACCCGACGGUACUACUCGCAUCGUUGAAUACACCGCUGACAAAAUCCACGGCUUCAAUGCAGUCGUGAAACGUAUCGGUCACGCUCACCACCCGCAAGUCUACGGUCACGGAGAUUACUACGGAUACCACUAGAUGCCGUUACUGUUUAAUAAUAAAUAGACUAUAGUUUCCAAAUCGAAUUAUAGACGGCAUUGUAUAUAUUUUCAGCCGUGCUCUAGUAUCUUUACGGAACAUUUUACACAAGCAUGUGUUAGUGAUGAUACAUGAACAUGUUAUAAGGAUUAAUUAUAUAUAUAU